AUGUGCCCAACACACGGUAAGGAAAGCUUGUUGACGCCCUAUGAGCGCCGCCGCAUGAUGAUGGAAGUGGCAGAGGCGCAUGGCCUUUACACCUUGGCGCCCAAAGGCACGGGCCGUGCGCCCGGGCGUCCCUUGCUGGUGGAGGUGGAUUCCAAGUCAUUCCUGGUCCCUGUCCCGACCUGUGAUCGCAACGAUCUGCUCAGGGUUUUGGACUUGUGCUCGGGCCUUGGGGGUUUCUCCUAUGCAGCAGUCAAAGCUGGCUUCUCCGUGCGGGCAGGGGUUGACCAAAAUGGACUUUGGCGUAAGCUGUUUGAAUCCAUUCAUGAGGGGGUCCACUUUAUCGCUGGGGAUCUUGUUGAUUCAGUUGUCCUUCAUGAGUUGCUGCGUUUGGGCUUGUUUCAUGGCACAGUGUGCUCUGGCAUUGCCUGUCAGCCUCGCUCGAUUUUGGGGGACCGUCGUGGCAUGGAUGACCCAAGAGCUCAAUCCCUCCCCAAAACACUGCAGGUGGCAUGGUUGUUACAGUCGGCUGUUCUCAUCCUCGAAUGCACCCCUGAAAUUUUGAGGGACACCCAAGCUCAAGAGAUCCUCAGGCAGUUCACUGUGGCCACUGGGUUUCGCAUGUCACAGGCCAUCAUGAAGCUUGGGAACACGUGGUGCGGGAAGAGGGAUCGAUGGAUUGCUGUGCUGACUGCCCCGGUCAUUCCAGUUUGCAACUUGUUGGACUUGCCACAUGCCACUGAAGUUCAGGUUGUCCGUGAUUUGAUUCCGGAAUUCACUCCAUGGCAUCAGUUUGAACAGGCUCAGCUGACCCUUAACCUGUAUGAGUUGUCCAAGUACUAUCAAUUUGCAGCUGGUGGCAUUGAUUCGACAUGGGUCAAAAUGCUUGAGAAGUUGCCAACACUUCUCCAUAGCGCAGGGAACCAGUUGUACACAUGUGCAUGUGGAUGCCGAGUUCGUCGGUGCCUUGAAGUGGCUUUGGACUUGCCACCAUGUGACCCCCAUGCCAUUUUGCAGACCUACAUGCAUGAGGUUGUCCAAGCGUGCCGUCUCAAAUGGCCUGUACCUGUACCUCCAACUGCAUGUGAGACCACACCAGAGGACCCCAUUGAGUCAUUCUCUGCUCAGGAUGAUGCCUCUGUCAUCACGUUGUCACGUCCCACCCUUGGUGAGCCUGAUGUCCAAGUCAAGUUGUCGCCCAAUGUCACAGGUGAUCAACUUUUGAAGGCUGAGCAACAGCUAGGCACCACUGGAACUGGCUUUCAAUUGCGAAUUGAUGGGGAGAGUGUUGACUCAUCGCUUCCCUUGCCCAACAUGUCCCUUGUGACCAUGGUGCCCAUGGAUUGGAAUCCGAAUGACUUGCUGGCUGACAAGGUUGUCCCAUGCUGCAUGAACAUUGAUGAUUUCCUGAAGUACAUCCGUCAGUCUGAUGUCAAUGAGGCUACCCCUGUCACUGACAUUUCGCGGUUGUUUGUUGUCAGGCAUCCCAGCAUGGCCCAGAUGGAAAGGCUUGGACUUUUGGAUUUACAAGGCCCAGUCUGGGGUGAUGAUGAACUGCUCUUUGGACUUGAGCGCAUUGCUUCCGAUGCUGGGGAUGACCAACAUGCCAGUGUUUGGGAUCCGUUGUUGAUUUCGGGUUUGGUUCAGCAGGAUGUCCCAGCCACAUGGCCUAAGCUGGUUAACCCGUUGGGUCCGGUGUGCACCGUGGUGUCUGCUGUCCUGCUUGGGGGUCACUGGAUUCCGUUGGUUUGGAGGGUUGAUGCUGUCGGUGCUGUUCUCCAUACGAUUUCGGUCACUGCAGAGUAUGAACAUGUCUUGGAGAAGCUCAGUCGAGUCUUUGAGAUUUGCCGUGGAGGGGCGCAUGGUGUGUGGAAACCUCACUGCCUUGGCUUUGUCCCCGAUGGAUUUUGUGGGGCGUUGGCACUUGCUUUUGUCAAACACCUGGUUUGGGGUUGGCCCAUGGUUGCAGACCAGCAUGAUUUGCAACUUACAUCCCAAUCCAUGCGUCUGGAGUUUGCCAACUUUCUGCCUGAUCCCUGUGUUCGACCCAUCUUAGCAGGUCUUGGAGUUACAAUCACUUCUCGGCUGGCUGACUUGCUUGUUUCCCAUGGAGUUGCUCCGUCUGAGUCGGGUUCGCGUGCUGCAGCUGCGGUGAAAGCUCUGGGAGAGCCUGGAAUCACGAAGGCCUUGGACUCUGACAAUGCUUGGCGUGAGUUGAAGUGGCUUGGCAACCAACUGAGGCCUCCCUUCAUGUUCAUCAAGCCCUCAGAGCUUCAAGCCCAGAUUGACAAAAGGCAUGAUCAGCCCAUUGGCAACAAGCGACACAAACGGCAGAAAGCCUCCAAGGGAAAAGGAAAGGGACUCCCCUCCCCUGUCAGUGUGGAUCCAACUUCCUUGCGACUUGAACAUGGAAUCUUUCAGAGUGAGCAAGGACAACCCCUCUCCCAACUUGGCUUGUCACAAGUCGGACCCACCGUUGCUGGCGUGGUUGUUGUGUCGGUGCAUGCUGUUGAACCGUAUUUGAAGGCUGCCAACCCCAUCUCUUCAGGCCCACUGGCCUUCUUUGUUGUGGACUCAGCUUCUCCACCGGUGACCCAUUUCCCUGUUGUUCCAGCACGGGUUCCUUUGGUGUGUGCCUUGAACUCGGAGCCGCUGUUGCUUGAUGGGCAUCUUAUUCGUCUUAUUCAGCUUGGUGCUUCUGCUGUCCAGCGUGCUCCACUUCAGCAGGGAUCAGAGGUCAUGGCAAUUCCCACUUGCGUGGUCAAGGCGAUGAUCUUUCGGGAUCAGACUAAGGUGGCUUGGUCAGAGGUGGUAUCUCAUCCGCUGCUGCAUCUCUUUGAGCAGGUUCCUCCGUUGCAGUCCUGUUCUGACUCUGAGUGCUGUGGUUGUGAGUGUUGGCAUCGUUCUUUGGAUUACCCGAUGGACUCUCCAGUUCUUGAGCUGUGGGGCAAACAGUGGCUUCAUUUGGACUCUCGCCACACAUCUCCGGAUGAUGCUGAUUUGUUCACGGCUCACUUGCGGUUGCCAGAGCACCUUCAGAUGCAGGUCCAGUUUUUCUCAGGUCAUGAUGGGGUCUAUCUUGAACCGAAGUCUUUGGAUGGCCGCCAGCCCUCGCCUGACUUUCAGGUUGUUUGGUUGCCCAAAGCUGAUCAAGCACAGCUGAUGCUGCAACGCCAGACAGUGCCACAUGUGGUCGGGCUUGCCCGUUUGGGCCAAAAGAUGGGCCUCAGAUGCCGAACAGAACAUGCCGCAGAGGUUUUCUCCACACUUCGUCCUGGGCAGACAUUUCUGCCACCAGGUAAGAGGCAGAACUACUUGGUCGGGCCCUUUAGCCAUGGCACACUGCAGUCCUCAGUCGCUCAGGUGUUGCAUGCCAAUGGAUGGACAGCAAAACCCAUUCAGGUGGUGCCAGCCAAGUCACACAUCCAGGGAUUGAUGUUUCGAGUGCAGAGCGUCCAAGAGCCGCCCAGCAAGGUCAUUCGCAUGGCGCAUGGCGAUGUCAUGAUCGCCAAAGAGGAGGACAGGGCCCCUUUUGACCGGGUUGAACCAAAGGUUUUGGCCACAUCUGCCACUGAGUCCAUGGUGGCCAAGCCUGUCGAAGCAGACAUCAUUCAGUUGAAUGAUCCGUGGGCCAAAGCAGCCAGCAAGCUCCCGCCUAAGGCUGCUACUUUCCAGAUUGGCAACCCGCUUGAAGAUGUGACACAGAAGGUUCUUGCUGAGGUGAUGUCCCAACUGCCCAAACAGACGAUGGAGGUGGACGCUGAUGCAAGCACUGACAAACGUGUUGCUGUUCUUGAACAACACCUUCAGGACCUCCAGAACCAGACAGCCACCCUGGCGGUCACCACUCAGCAGCAGCAUCAGGAGACAGCCACUCAGAUGCAGGACCUUCGCUGUCAACUGCAACAACAAGGUUCACACUUUGAACAUGCCAUUGCUGCACAGGCCACAUCGAUGCAAGGGUUUCAGGACACAGUGCAAGAGCAAUUUCGCCAGCAGGUGUGUCACCAACAAACAAUGUUGGACAACAUGUUCAACAAGCAGAUGGCUCAGUUUGGGACCUUGUUGGCCAAGCGCUCCCGACAGGAGUGCUGUUUGCGGUGUGGUGCGUUGGACUUUUGGGCCUCGCUGGAUUCUGGCCCCUGGCCUUUUGGACUGCCGGCUGGAGAUGUGGUUGGACUUGGAUUUGCACCACAUCUCGACGGGGAGCAGGGUGUUCCCCGUGUCUGGUGUUGGCCUUUUGUUUUGCUGUUUGCGGCCUGCUUUCGGUUUGGUGAAGCACUUCAUCCUGGCCCUGCUGGACUUGGCGCUGACACGUGGUCCCUUGGAAUUGCUAAUCCAUCUGGCUUAAAUGGCAAACUUGAUCAACUCAAUGCCUUUCCUGGUGAUGCGUGGCUCCUGUCUGAGACUCAGCUCUCUUCCAAGGGAGUUGCCACACUCCACAAAGGUUUGAAGAUGUUGAAGAGCAAUUGGAAGUAUGCUAUACCAGGGUCACCUUGCCGUGCCAGAAAGGGUACCGACACUGGGGCACAUACGGGGGUCAUGGUUUUGUCAAAGAUGCCAGCUCGAGCACUGCCUCAUGACUUCUCGGACGAGGUCUAUUCAUCCUCCAGGGUUCAGGUGGUUGGUCUGGCGGUGGCUGAUGUUUGGGUUACCUUGGGCGUGCUCUAUGGAUUUCCCUGCAAUGUGCAGCAUAAACAAGCUCGCUAUCAAACAGAUGCCUUGCUUUCCGACUUGGUCGAUCGAGUUGCCUUUCAAACGGUGGGACCCCGGGCCAUUGGGGGUGACUUUAACUUUGGACCUGAGGAGCUGGACCAGCUUGACCGCCUCCGGUCUUUAGGCUUCCGUGAAGUUCAGGACUUGCGGGCUUGGCAGCAUGGAAUUUCUGCUGAGGCCACUGGGAGAGGGUCCAAGAGGAUUGAUCAACUUUGGAUUUCACCGGAGCUUCAAAGGGUUUACCAGUCCACCUCGGUUGAGUUUGAUCACUGGGCAGAUCAUGCAGCGGUCCGUGCGAACUUCUCACAUGAUGGACUUUCAGUCAAGGUGUCUUCUUGGUUUGUCCCUACCCCGUUCCCUUGGCCUUCUAACUGGUCCUGUCAGCUUGAUGUGGAUUUCCAAGGUGACCUUACGCAUGAGUACGCCAAGUAUUGGUCUCAACUUGAAUCUCAGGCCCGUUGUUGGAAUCAGCACCAGGGGCUUCCUGUCACCAAGCGACAGUGUGGCCGAGCUCAGGUCCUGGAUACCACUCCAACUCGCCAGUUCUUGUGCCCUGUCAAGAAAGCUAGACCAGGAGAUGUCCAACCCACUUACAUGGGGAUUAGCCUCCAGCAUGCCCGGUACUUUCGUCAACUCAGACGGUUGCAAUCGCUGGGUCGGCUUCUGCAAAAGGGAGUUACCUCUUGGAAUGCUCAGGUCAAUCGGGAUGAGACUUGGCGGGCAAUCCGAACUGCUGUGGGGUUCCCUGGGGGUUUUGCGGCAUGGUGGACCACCAAUGGACUCGUCCCUGUCAUCUGUGUUCCCUUGCCUCUCUGCUGUCCGGCUUUGGAUGUUGUCAUGGCCCUCUUUAAUGGAUUUCGUGACUACAUGAAGAAGUAUGAAGCUAGCUUGGUCAGCCAGCGCUACCAGUUUGCCAAGAAUCGCAGGGCCAAGCACCUUGCAUACGCUUUCCAGGAUUGCAAGGAUGAACCAUUGCCUCAGGCUGACACCUUGCUUGACAGGAUCUCCGUUGGCGUUGAGGAAGUCCGUCAGGAGGACAACUCCCUGGUCUUGGUCCGUCCUGUCUCCCUGCUUGAGGGCCUUCCUGUCGUCGUCGAGGGGCAUGCAGUUCAGGUGGUUGCUCACUCAGAGGACCAGGUUUGGUUGGACACGUUGCCACCGGUCAACCCUGGCAGUGUUUUGUCUCAGGAGCGGGCAGUUGUCUCAGAUGCGGAUAUCUUGGAUCGCUUUGCUGCUGAAUGGACCAAAAGAUGGAUCAAACACAUGAUUUGUGGAUUUCUGGAGCGCACUGUUAAACCUAUCACUUGGACUUGUGAACCUUGGACUUUGGAUCGUCUCUCUGACGCCAUUAGACAUAAAAAGCCUCGAGCAGCAAAGGGUCCCGAUGGGGUCUCUCAACCCGAUCUCCAAGCCCUUCCCACAGAGGGGCGUCAGCUUAUGUUGGUGUUUUUCGAGGCAGUUGAAAAUGGUGCCAAGUGGCCUGCUCAGCUUGCUCCCGGUUUUGUCUCCAGCUUGGCCAAACACCCUGGGGCACAGAGUGUGAGUGAAUUCUGGCCAGUGGUUGUCUACAGUCUUCCCUACCGUGUUUGGUCCACCGUUCGUGCCAGGGAAGCCCUUCAAACGGUGGUGCACUUGUUGCCAGACAGUGUGAAAGGGGGUGUCCCCUCCCGCCAAGCUAAGUCCAUUUGGUUUGAACUUGCGUACACCUUGGAGCGUGCCUAUCUUGAUGGAUUUGGCGUUCAUGGCCUCCUCAUGGACAUACAGAAGUGUUUCAACAACAUCCCUCGCCUGCCCCUUUGGCAUGCCUUGUCGUUGCUUGGCUUCCCUCUGUCAACGCUCCGAGCUUGGGUUGCCUUUGUCUCUGCUCAGACCCGUCGCUUCAAGGUGAGGCAGUCAGUUGGUUCCCCCAUUGCUUCGAAUUGUGGCCUACCUGAAGGUUCUGCUCUAUCCGUCUUUGGCAUGGUCAUUGUUGAUUGGAUGCUGGACUGGUGGUUGCGUGCUCAAGAGGUUCGGGUUGACCUGCGGACGUUUGUCGAUGAUUGGGGUGUGCUGUUCCGUGAAGCUUCGGCUUUUGAACGUGUCUGGACGGCCUUGGAGCAAUUCACAAACCAACUUGAUCUGGCGAUCGACAUGGCCAAGACACGCUUGUGGUCGACUGAGGCUGAGGCAAGGCGGGAGUUCCGUCAGGGCCACCUGGUUGUCACCUUGGCUGCAAGAAACUUGGGAGCCCACCAGAAUUUCAGCCGGCAUUGCCACAAUGCGGAGUUGCAGAAACGCCUGGCUCACAUGCCACGUGUCUGGGUAAGGCUGAAGGCCAGUCCGGCCACUUACCGACAGAAACUGGCAGCCAUCCACAUGAUGGCCUGGCCCCGGGCUCUUCAUGGGAUCUCCGUUGUCCAUUUGGGGGAGUCUCAUUGGAAGGUCCUUAGAUCUGGUGCUGUCCGGGCCCUCAAGGCAGACAGAAAAGGGGCCAAUCCUUACCUGCAUCUUGCUUCUUCGCAGGUUCAAUCAGACCCCGAAGCAUGGUCCAUCCUCCAAACUUUGCGAGAUGUCCGUGAAUUGGGUGACCAUGAGGUUGUUGAGCCUACGUUGGGUUUAUUCUCUUCCAAUUUGGACUUUCUCCCAGCCAAUGGGCCUUCUGCUAUCCUUUUGUCUCGCUUGCGUCGGUUGGGCUGGGAAGUGGGCAGCCAGGGCCUUGUCCAGGACAGUUUGGGUACUUUCAGCAUUUUGCGUGUUGCCUGGGAUGAGCUGGUGGUGCGGGUUAGACUUGCUUGGGGGCACGUUUUGGCAACUGCUGUGGCACAUCGCCCUACCUUUGAUGGACUCCAACAUGUGGACUUGUCUGAGUUGGCCUCUGCCCUGUCGUGUUUUGGUCCCUCUGACUUGGUGUAUCUGCGUUGUCACUUAGAUGGCACCCUCUUCACUGAGAAUGGCCGAGCACACUUUCGCAGCGAGGUGUCUGGUAAGUGCCCUUGGUGUCCGGCCAAGGAUGGGUUUCACCAUAGGGCAUGGCAGUGUCCCCACUUUGCACCAUGCCGGUCCCACUUGACUCCAAGCCAGCUUGAUGCCCUGUCCUCUUUGCCUGCGUGUCUGGUUGAUCAUGGGUGGCCCGUUGUCCUACCUGAAUGGGAGGUGGUCGUCCGGUGGUACCUCAGGGAUGAUGGACUUUGUAGGAUGUCACCCGUAGAACCCUCAGUUCGCAGUCAGCCCCAAUUGUUGGAACUGUUUGUUGAUGGCACCAGUGCCUACCCAGGAGAUGUGAAGUUACGUUUUGCUGCUUGGGCUGUCACUGCCGUACCAGGUGGAAUCGGCUCCAAGGACAACCGGUUACUGAUGGGAGUUGUACGAGGCUUGGGUCGCAUCUUGAGUGGGCGCUCACCAAAACGCAAUGCACCCCAUUCAGAUUUGUGGGCCCUUCUCCACACAGCGUUGGAGGGACGUUCGCACUUGGUGAAGAUCAGGAAGGUUGUUUCGCAUGGGACCCUUUCUCAUUCCACCAGUCCAUUGGAGGAUUGGGUCUACUGGCACAAUGGAUUGACAGAUGCGGCCGCCGAGGCAGUCAAUUUUCGCAGAUCAGAUGAUUUCUGGCAGGCAUGGUUGGGGUUGCGCAGUGCACUAGAGUUUCACCGGAAGUUGCACCGUGCGAUCCUUUUGGUCCUGCUCAAGACAUCUCGAUUGGCUUCAGCAAGUCAAAGAUCGCAGAUUGUGGACAGAGCGCCGGCACCCGCGGCGAUCGUUGAGCCUGUGUUACCGCUACAAUGGUCAAUUUCAAACAAGCUGGUUUGCAGGUAUGGUGAGGUGAAUUUACAGCAGAUCCAUGCGUGGUGGCAGGCCAGGGGGCUUGCAAUGCUGCAGGGACCACACCCGCUGUGCUACAUUUCAGGAAUACAGUUGUUCUUGUCUUUUAAUUUGGAAACUGGCUUUCUUGGCCCAUGGUGCUGGAAGAAGAAAUGGUACUCUCGUGCAGAGGAUGUUCCAUUGCCUGGGCGACGCAAUUGGGGUGACAGAUGCAAAACCUUCUUGCUACUGCUCAAAGCGUACUGGAAAAGCAACGGGCUGACCGUGCCAUGCCAGUUGACGCGGCCCCAUUCAGCGUCGAUUGCCCGGUGGCUGGUUAGCUACAAACUUCGUUGGUCAGCCACGAUGAUCGACUUUGUAGACCGGCAGGUUUUCACCCAGUUGGGCCAUCAGGCCACAUCGAAUCAGCAUGUGGCGGCCCUCAAUGCCGCAAGGAUCGGCUAG